GCCGCGGUCGCGCGCGCAACAGCAGCAGCUCGAGGCGAAGGAGAAUCGUCAGGACGGCGGCGGCGACGCCUCAGGGCAUCGCGGUAGCGGCGGUGCCGGGGCCGACGGCCGAGGCGACGGAGGAGCCCCUGGAGGCGGUGCCACGUGCCACGACGGCCAGCACCACGGCCACGACGGCUGCCGGGCGCACGGCGAAUCCGAGGCGCAUGCCUUACCUCGGGCCUGACAUGACCACAACCCGACUGACCGCCAUGUUCUACACGGUCGAGGUCGGGGACACCAAAUUCACGAUCCUCAAGCGAUACCAGAACCUCAAGCCCAUUGGAUCGGGGGCCCAGGGCAUCGUGUGCGCGGCGUACGACACGGUGACGGCGCAGAACGUCGCGAUCAAGAAGCUCUCGAGGCCUUUUCAGAAUGUCACGCACGCCAAGAGGGCGUACCGAGAGUUCAAAUUGAUGAAACUGGUCAACCACAAAAACAUAAUUGGACUCUUGAACGCCUUCACUCCGCAGAGGUCCUUGGAUGAAUUUCAGGAUGUGUAUCUAGUGAUGGAACUCAUGGAUGCGAACCUUUGCCAAGUAAUUCAAAUGGACCUCGAUCACGAGCGCAUGUCCUACCUGCUUUACCAGAUGCUCUGCGGCAUCAAACACUUGCAUUCCGCUGGAAUCAUACAUAGGGAUUUGAAGCCUAGCAAUAUCGUGGUGAAGUCCGACUGUACCCUGAAGAUAUUGGACUUUGGCCUCGCGAGGACGGCUGGCACGACGUUCAUGAUGACACCUUACGUCGUGACGAGGUACUACAGGGCGCCAGAGGUCAUCCUCGGCAUGGGCUACAAGGAGAACGUGGACAUCUGGUCGGUCGGCUGCAUCAUGGGGGAGAUGAUACGCGGUGGUGUCCUCUUUCCCGGCACCGAUCAUAUCGAUCAGUGGAACAAAAUUAUAGAACAACUGGGAACUCCGGCCCAAGAAUUUAUGCAGCGAUUACAGCUGACCGUAAGGAAUUACGUAGAGAAUCGACCUCACCACCCAGGUUACCCGUUCGACAGGCUAUUCCCGGACAUCCUCUUUCCGUCGGACUCUUCGGAACAUAAUCGCUUGAAAGCGAGUCAAGCCAGGGAUCUAUUGUCUCGCAUGUUGGUUAUCGAUCCGGAACGGCGCAUCUCCGUCGAUGAUGCUCUACUUCACAAUUACAUAAAUGUCUGGUACGAUGAAGGUGAAGUGAACGCUCCGGCCCCGGGUCCUUACGACCACAGCGUCGACGAACGGGAACACACUGUCGACCAAUGGAAGAAGCUCAUCUACCAGGAGGUAAUGGAGUACGAGACAAGCCACAAUGCCGCCUCGGCCUCUCAGUCACCUGACACGGCCGGCUCCCGGUAGGCAAUCGGCCGCUGAGACAAAAUCCCUACUGGCACCGAGUAACACCAUGUCCUCUC